AACAUGAGUCGUGGUAGAAAUUGCUUUGUACCUGGCUGUACAAGUGGGAAUCCCAAUAAAAACAAGGCAAAUAAAGAACGGGGUGAAAGAAACCCAAGCCUUUUCAAAGCUCCUAAUGAUCCUAGCUUGCUACAGCAGUGGCAAAAGGCGAUACCCAGAUCAGACAAGACACUUAGCAGCAAAGAUGCUGUUUGUGAACUACAUUUUCUAGAUGAAGAUAUUUUGACUCAUUAUGAGAUCAAAUUAACUGACGGAACUAUCAGUAGAAUUGAGCGGGGUAGACCAUUAUUAAAGGAGGGUUCAAUUCCAAGAAUUUUUCCUAACCUGCCUUCAUAUUUCUCUAGUAAUAAAAGAAAGAGGAAACCACCAUGUGUAAGGAGUGAAGCAACUGAAAAAGUUUCUAAUUCAAAAAUUUAGUGGAAUUAGUUAAUAGAAACAAAAGUUGUAAUGUAUUAAUAUUGCUAAAUAAAUAUUUAUAUGAUGAAAUAAGUCAGCGUAUAUACAUAUUCACAACUCUGUAUUUUUGUGCUUUUGAAAUAAACUGAGUACAUUAUUUAUUCAUUAAUAUUUUAUUUACAAACCUACCUUAUAUUAAUAAAGUGAAUAUCAAUAGAAAAACCUUUACAAUUAUUAGGUGACAUUGAAUAUAAUAUAUCUUGAAUUUAAUUGUCUACGAAACAGUGACAAUUUGCAAAACUUUGCUAAUGACAUUAAAACUUACAAUUCAACGCUAGAAAAAACGCUAUUGAACACAGGAAACGUUUCAGCUCAAUAUACCUACUCUCUAGUUUCAGCUAUAAAAAGUUAUGGAAUAGAUAACACCGAUCAAAGGGUGCAAUGGUAACGUUCGUCUUCAGUUUCCAUUUAUGAUUAAGUUAUUCCUGAUAAAAUACUCUUAAUUUUCGUUAUUCAAUCUGUCAAUCGCCAUAAAACCACUACUAGUUCGAAAGAUUUUAAUGUUUAUUAAAAUGGUAUCACACUAAACUGCAUGUAAACAUGUCAAUUUCAAAUGUUUUAAUGAAAAACUAUGAACCUUUAAACUGCAUCAACAAAACUAUUAAUAAAACACUAACACAAUCACACCAUAAACUAUUUCAUUCGCAUUUCUCAUCAAGAAACAAUUACUGUUUACAUCAAAUCAAAGGUUGAACUGGUGAUAAAUUUGUUGCUGGAACUUCUAUCUUUUUUGUACAACAGUUCUAGGGAAGAUUUAUUUUAGCAGCUUAUAUGUUUCUUCGGUCGUGUAUGCACUAAAAAGAACCACAUAAUAAAACAUUUUUAUAAUAUCAACUUAGGAAAAGGAUAUAUUAAACCGGCAUCUAAUAUAACCUAACUAACUUUUCAAACUCAAAUUUAAGGUUUUGUAUUCACAAUUUUAGCCACGCACAUUGCUCAAUUAGAAAAA